AACAGUCGUUCACCGUCGUUGCUCUGUUAUUAUUAUUAAGGAAAGUUUCAUAUCACUUAAUUUAGCAUUCCCCUGAAUCUAUAAUUAAGUAUGCUUUAUGGAAGCCAGUUCGAAUGCAGUGCCACUCUUGCCCGACGGAGAGAGUUUUCACGACACUCUUUAUUGCGACGCGUGUCAGUGUUUCCUGCGGGAGCCCUGUUGGCAGCACGCAGUGCUCGUCCAGGACGGAUACAGUCUUCCGCUGGCCUUUGCUAGUUUGCCUGAUGUGCUGGCUUUCCAUAACGACAACCCACACCAAAAUGUUUGCCAGUCUCCGGAGAACAUCACAGUCUCCUCGGUCGUGGCGCGCACGGCCAUCCGCCCGCAGACGGUGUUCGGGCCGUUUAUCGGCCCGCUGUGUAGUCCGGGUGCAGCGCAUUCGCGGACCUUUUCUUCGGGCGACGGGCAGUGUGCGACGUUCAGUGUGGAGAACGAUCGUUGGUGCAACUGGAUGAAGUUGGUCAGGACGGCUGACCACGGCCAGCACAACCUCCGCGUCUUCAUCCGUCAACACAAGGUAUACUUCGUCGCCGUCAAGGUCAUCCUUCCGGGAGAAGAACUCACACUGGCACUGCCUCAAUCUGACCACAAGGAAAGCCGCCACAACAACGUGGACAACACUACAGCAGUGUCUGUGGAGCGCGUCAGAAGCGGGACUGUUGCGGGUGAUGAUUCCUGCCUGGUCAAGCGCGAGGAUUAUGAUGCCGAAGUUGACAACGUGGAAGGGGACGUUCCUGUUGUUUGCUUCUCCGUUGAUGCACGGUCUUUUUCACCACAUUAUAACCGGACAGAUUUCUUACCGCAAUUCCAACCAUCGGUGCCAGUGCAGUCACAAGAACAGAUGCUAACGGGAUUCUCAUGCCUCGUCGCACCGCCGCCUGCGCUGCGCCGUUGUCAGCGCGAAGACUCACCAGAAUACCCAUUUCCGUCCAACUUCUGCUCAGUUGCAACUGACGCGUUAUCGGAGAAGGCGGUCCAUCGGGGAAAACGGAAGAGUGAAGAGGAAGAAUCAGCCGGUGUUUCGUCGAAACAGACGCCCUUUUCGCGUGUUUAUUCCCUUCGUGGACGCAAUGUCGUACGCGCCAGUGCAGCCGACGACUUAUCAGACCGAUAUCAGAAUUUAUCCGACGACAACGAUGAAGAUUUCUGUUUAGCGGAUGACAGCGGUUCAUCUUUUUUUGAUUCCGAAUGCGACAGCGAAACUAAUUUGACUUCGGAUAAUACUACGACAAAAAAGCAAAACACAAAACGUGGCACGAAAGAAAAAGCGCCGUCUUCACGCCGUUGCCGGAAGAAAACUGGAAGUGUUGUAUGCAAAGCCACGGAGACGGUGUUGGUAACGAAUGAUUCAUCGACAGGGAAUGAGCCAAUCCGUCUCCCCGGUCCUGCUUUCCUGGAGGCCCGGAAUAAACAAAUUCGAGCCGUGAUUGCGGUUAAUCCAUUCCAGUAUCCGGCUGGAGAGCAGCGGUUGCAGGCAUAUUGCACGGUUGUAAACAUGCUGUCGACGGACCAGGCGUCGCCCGGGAUGCCGACGCUGGAUGGACCCAUGCUGCAGCGUUCCGUAAAGGACCGUCUUCGGAAGUUCCAAGCGGCACAACGCCGCGGCGUUUCGAUGCCGGAAGAGUAUGUUGGCCUGAUGAACCAGCUAGCGGCAUUGAGGAGGGUCGAACGCCUCGACACCAGGUCGGAAAGAAUGCGCCGAUUGAAGGCGGUAGCCGCGAUUAAUCCCUUCCAGUAUUCCUCGCGACGUGAACGCCGCGCCGCGUGGACAGCAGCGUGGCAGGCGUACCUGGCUGAUGAUGGUGCAGCGAAGAAGGCCAAGUUUUCCUGCAGCAGUCUGCAGAGGUUUGUCCAGACUCAUUUGGACGAUUUUCCCAACGUGCUGGAUCGUUUUAACGAGGAUACCGCCGAUGAUUACGAGCGAGAGUAUAUCGAAGUUAUGCGAGUGAUAGCGCAACAGGCGGGGAAAGAUUACGCCGAUGACGCGCAUCCCUUGGCCGUUCACAAGGAUGUCGAUGCUGUUGGGGUGGGUCAGUUGAACGUUGCAGACACCCUCAAUACGCAUCCGAAACCGCUUGUUCUUGACAAUUAUGAGCAUGAUAGACGCCGACGCUACUUCAGUUACGUUUACCGGUUCGUGUGUUGGGAGUGUUCUUUGCAUUUUAAGGAUGAAAACUUGCUGAAACUGCAUAACCUGCAACAUACUGAUGCAACCGGUGAGGCUGCCGGCGCUCGGCAAUGUCCAGCAUGCGAGCGGUCAUUCAGCCAGCUGUCCAAUUUAUUACGGCACGUCAACGAUCACGGUGUGAAAGCCUCGCAGAUCAUCCAUUUUAUCCCGACUGCUGACCCCAGCAUCAUGAGCUUGGCUUCCAAAACGGCCGCUCCGAUGGAUGUGCUGGCGCAGAGCCAUGACGCGCAUGAGAUGUGUUUUAUGUACAGUUGCGGCAUGCAGAGUUGCGGGCUGCGAUUUUGCACGGAGACCUUGUGCGAUCUGCACCAACUUGGUCACAACGUGCCGGAUGACUAUCAAGGCGAUGUUGUCUGUCCUGCAUGCAACUUCCGGGCCGAGAAUGCGAGGGAGUUGCUGAAACACGUCGGUCGGCAUGGAGCGAAGGUGAACGAUCGAAAACGAUGUCGGUUGUGCGGAGAGUUUGUGGAGAAUAUGAUCUUGCAUGUUCAGUAUGCGCACAAGGAGCAGUAUCUCAAGUAUGAAGAAAGUCUGACGCUGCCUUGCGACCAGUGCGAGAAACGAUUUCGGACGUCUGUCCAUCUCACCACCCACAAAAAUUGUGCGCACAGAGGUUUGCAAUCACUGGGAUGUCUAGUUUGUGCUCAACAGUUCCCGUCGAAGUUGCAGUUGCACGCGCAUGUAAGGCAGGAGCACAGAUCGGGUUUGACCUGCGUAGUCUGCCAGAAAAGCUCCACAAACUACAAAAGCUUAGCGGAGCACGCGAGAACGCACAAGGAGAUCCAUAUUUGUCAAACCUGUGGCUCGGUGUUCCGCUCUAAGUCUGGCCUAGAUCAGCAUAAAUACAGUCACCGGUCUGACUAUUCCUUUAAAUGUGAUUUGUGCGGAAAGACGUUUAAGAGACCGAGCAAUUUGGCACAGCAUAAAAUGGUGGUUCACACGGAUAAAGUGCGGAAGAAGCGCAAAGCCGAACGCGAGGAAAUGCGCCGGAAGGGAGUGGUCAGCGAGUACAAGUGCCCGCGACGCAGGAUGCGCUACGAAGAGUUCCCGUAUAAAUGCGAGGAAUGCCGGUUAGGCUGGUUGCAGCUGGGCAAUCUGCAGCAGCAUCAACGGAAGAAACACAUGGAGAGCGAUGCAACUGCGGCGAGCAGCGCUAGUUUUCCUGUAUCGUCUUCCUGUGUUUAAUUGCAGAUGUGUUUGAAUUUUGAAAAUGUUUUACAUUGUUUUACAUUCCGUUCUUGCACGAGUAUAAUGGCUGUUUUUCUUUUAUAUAGUACACAGGCUGUUGCUCAUGACGUACAUAUUGGCGAAGUUCUGUCAGACAACAUUUUGAUGGAAUACUAUUAUUGUAUGUAAUUGCGUUACUGUUUCGAAUCUAUCGUAUACUACAGAAAGUAUCAACAGCCUGUUCAUCGAGCACAUUUUAUGCUCCGAAAUCUCGUGCUUGGGAAUCUUAUUUUAUUCGGCGAUCCACUGAAUCACAGCUAAAAUAGUAAACAAAUAAAGAAACAUAA